AUGGCCAAUGUUGGGUUUCUGGUCUUGGACGAGGCCGAUCGCAUGUUGGACAUGGGCUUUGAGCCACAGAUCCGAGAGAUCGUGCAGAAGAGGGAUAUGCCUUCUUCAAGGGAGGGGCGGAUGACGCUGAUGUUUUCCGCGACCUUUCCCAAAGAGAUUCAAAAGCUGGCGCAAGCCUUCAUGAGGAACUACAUUUGGAUUGGAGUAGGUCGAGUAGGCGGUGCCGUUGACACUGUUGAGCAGAGCUUUAUUGUUGUUCCGGAAAGAGGCAAAUUCGAAGCCCUCACGAAGGUCCUGAACACCAACCCGACCGAUUCCACCUUGAUCUUUGUUGCCAUGAAGCGCACGGCCGCCUGGCUGGAGGACCGCCUCAUGGGGCUUGGGUACAACUCGGUGGCCAUCCACGGUGAUAUGGAGCAGAAAGAAAGAGAAGCAUCGCUUUCAACAUUCAAAAGUGGGAAGAGCACCUUCCUGGUGGCCACUGACGUCGCUGCACGGGGUUUGGAUAUCCCAAAGGUGUCUCACGUGAUCAACUACGACUUGCCGCACAAUAUCGAUUCAUAUGUGCAUCGGAUUGGCCGAACUGGCCGUAUUGGAAACCAUGGCUGGGCCACGAGUUUCUACGCCGUGAUCCACAGCCCUGCGUCGGUUUCACUGGUGGAGUCUUUUUCAAGCGUAGAGGAGUUGUUCAUCGUUACAAUAUCCACUACCGAUAAACAGCCAAUCGAUAUGCACCUAAUCCUUCCUGAAAGGCUCAACUAG